AUGUCAAACCUCCACCUGGCACUUGGCAUCUCACCUCGUCUCAUCUCCCCGUCUUCCCUCUCCUCAGUAAUUACUCACAUCGGGGCCAUGCUGAACGACGUGGUCGCCUUCUUCGCGGCGCUCCGCCCGUAUGCGCCAAUACUAGUGAUCCUCUUCGGCCCGCGCCUGCUCUCCCUCGUGCGCUCCUUCCGCACCUCCUCGCCCGCCGACCCGCUCUCACCGACUUUGCUCCUCCUCCUCGCCCUGCAGACCAUCUACGCAGCCUACUCCAUUCUCCGGCCGCCAUACGAUGUCUUCGUCUCUCACUCCCUCCCCACGCUGUCUCCCAGCCGCAACCUCGCUGAGCAGGUUCUGCGUGCUGCUGGCUACACCAGUCUGCCCGAGCCGGGACAGGGCGACCCGAUCGCCGACCUCCUCGCGCGCCUGACGACGAAAUCCGGCCGCGAGACGUAUGUCCGCUGGGGCCACGCCGUGGCUGUCAACUGCGGCUGGUGCCGUGCCCCGCUGGACUGGGCUGUGGCUUCCUUGCCUGGCAUCCUGGGGCCUUAUGCCCUCCAAGCGGCGCUCAUCGGCGCGAUGGGGUGGCAGUGGCUCGCUGGCCGUCUUGCCGGUCGCCGGGCGGCGCGAUACAGGCUUCUCACCGGUGGUGCUGUCGUGGCGGCAUGUGCUGGAGAAUUGGCAGCUAGGUGGUGGACCGACCUGAGGGUCCAGAACGGGCAGAUCUUCCAUCUCUCCUCCGCGCUCCACGCUGCCCGCAACGUCGUCCUCCUUCUCAUCACAGCGUUCUACGUCCUCGCCCCCGUGCGCACCGCCCCAGCCGUCCUGACGCAGGAGCAGCUCAAGUCCACCCUCGAGGGCACAGCACACACAAACCGGCUGCAGUACGCUGUGCGCGGCGCCGUGGUCCGCGACCCGCACCUGCUCAAGACAGCAACACAGGGCGAGGUCGCCUUCGCGCGUGCCGAGGAUAAGGCGUUUGCGGACUCGGCCGACGAACUGAGGCAGAGCGGGUACAGUCGUGCGGCGAACAAAGCAGGGGCGAGGGCCUGGCUCGACAGUGUGUGGGUCAAGUCGCCCUCGAGUCCCACGCCGAGGAGUAGGGGAGCUAGCCCGGCGAGUGCUGGCCCGGCGAAUGAAGCGAAGGCAGAGUAA